GGGACCGGGUCACGUUGGCAGGAUUAGUAGCUCAGCUGUUUUGAAACGGGACAGCUGAGAUGCAGUUUAUCUUGACUAAAAAUAACACGCUGUUUGUCAGUAACAUAGUAAUAAGAUCAUCAACAGCACGGGGAUAAGCGUGUAAAUUGUUACAGGCUUUUGUGCUGUGUGGUGAUUAUUAACCAGACAACAGCAACGACUGAAUCCAGCCUUUGUUUUUCAUUGGUUGUUUGCCUCAGCUUCACAUGUUCCUCAUUAAGAGCAUGAGCAGACAGGAUGCACUAAGGAGAGAGGAAUGGAUCAUAUGUCUGUGUUCACCGCCUCCCUGCGUCACCAUGCAACACUGCUUUAAAAUCCUAUUGCCAAAGCAAAACCAAUGGCUACGCAGACCCCAGACCUGAGGGCUGACAUCCGUGUCAUCCAUGAGACACGCUAGAGGGCGGAGCAACAUCCGGGACAGACACGCACGCGUUCAGUUAAAACAGUUAACACCUGACCAUGGCUGUAACUGUGGCUAAGACCACCACAAGUUUUGUCUCCACAUCUGCCAAGACCACCACAAUCCCUUUCCUCUCAACAGGCACCAGCACCAGAGAAAACAUCACCUCCAGAGCAACAACAUUAAUGACUGUUACUAUAACAACAAAUGAGACCAGCUUCAACACCACUACAUUUCCUGAGGUGGUGAUUGAAGGGUCGGGAAUGGGAAUGGUUCUUCUACCCUUUGGCAUCAUCACUGUCAUUGGCUUAGCAGUGGCAAUAAUGCUGUAUAUCCGGAAACGGAAGCGGCUGGAGAAGCUGAGGCAUCAGCUCAUGCCCAUGUACAACUUUGACCCAGGCGAGGAACAAGAUGAUCUGCUGGAACAAGAACUACUGGACCACGGCCGGGAAGGCAGCCUCACAGGCCCCAAUGCUAAGACUCUCACGACCUCCCAGGGGACCACGCAGCGGCCCAGUCGCCUUGUCUUCACAGAUGUAGCCAAAGCUCUCAAUGCCUAACGAUUCUUCUUCCACUAGUCUACGUCAGUUUGUGAUGGUGGAUCCGCUCACGACAGAGAUACAGACUGUCUCUCUCAAAAAAAAAAAGGACAGCAGGAGGGAAAACUGGACAGUGUCUGGAGCGUAAUCACCACAGCUUCGUAUGUGGAAGAGUGCUGGUUUCUUUUGCAGAGACAGCAAAAAAAACAAGUGUAUAGUGCAUGUACUGUAUGUAUGUAAAGGGAAGCAUCACAUACACUAUGAUCUUGCACUGUUUUCCUGUGGCACACAGAUGCGGUGUGAUGCACUUUUCUUAGAAUCACCGUUGUUUUGUUGUUACAAACGUUUGGUUGCUUGUCUGUGAAGUUCUUCAGGGCUUCAAUAUCUAUUUCCAUGUUUGAUAUGAGCGGAGCAUACAUUUGAAAUAGUCAAAUUCUCUGAUGAGCGCGAACACGAGACGUGUUGCCAUCCUUCACUGCACUGCCCCUCUCCGUUUUCUUUCAUCUAAUGAAGGACUGUUGAUUCUGUGUGUAUUAAAACUGUUUAAACAA